AUGUCUGUGCCUCAGACCCCUUACCGCGAUAUCCUCCUCGGAUCCUGGUCUCUCCUCGAGUACAAGACCACGAAUCUGAAUGGAGAGGAAACAAUCUAUCCCAUGGGCCAAUCGCCCCGCGGGAUUCUGGUGUAUACGCCGGACGGAUACAUGUCGGCACAAUUACUGAGCCAGUCGCCCACGACGCGGCCUUCCACUGAGUUCGCGGUCAACGACUAUGUGGCUUACUCAGGGCGAUUCGAGACCUUCGAGUUUUCCACAGAGAGCAGCUUGCACGUGAACCACUUAGUCACCGUGGCUUCGUUUCCGGACUGGAUUGGUCAGGUUCAGAGUCGGAUUGCCAGGUUUGAUGACGAAGGACUGCUGGAGCUGAGAACGGCCAGUCCGAUAUUCCUCGCGGACCCCAGAGUGGACCUCCCGAUGGAUUGUCCUACUACUAGAUCGUCUGCCGCCAGCAGAGCCAGCAGCGUGGCUUCACGGCACUCCCAAGCGAGCCAGUAUGAAUUCACUGCUGAGCUGCAGGCUCCUAGCACCGCCGUAAAGAAGAAGCCUGCGAAAGCGACCAAAAUCGCCAGCAAGGCAGCUCAGCCCUUGGUUAGCAACCAGCCAGAUCCUGAGGCGACAGGCCCAUUGGCCCAAAAAAACAACAACUUCGACGCGAAUCAAGUUUUUGAAAUUACUCAACCACCACGACGGCUACGGCCUCCAGAACCGACCAGUUUGCCAAUAACUCCAGCCGCUAUCGAAUGA